CGUCUACAACACAAUUGCAACUUGGUAAGACAACCUCUGCAUUCGUCAUUGCUUCUAUCUCGAAACAACUCCGCCGCAGCCAAUGUUAUGUAAUCCACACAUGCAAACGUAACAAAAACCCCCAUUGUAUUUUACUCGCUCUCUUUCCCGUUUAUUUUAUCUUUUCAUUCUGCUUAUUAUGGCGCAAGUUAGAUUCUUCGACUUAGAACUUUUGAAGAAGCCAGGUGUUAUCUGGUCACCCAAUACUUGUAAAACUCGUUAUGCGCUUAAUUUGAAGCAAAUCCCGUACGAGACAAAAUGGGUCAAUUUCGACAGCAUAAAGACUGUCAUCCCCGAAGUAACGAAAUCGGAUAAGCGACCUUUAGUACCGGUGAUUGUCGACUUAACGAAUGGCGACAAAGUUGUCGAGGACUCGUGGGAAAUCGCUUUGUACCUUGAAAAGAACUAUAGUCAUAAAGCCGGUUCUAGCCUAUUCAAUGGCAACCCAGGUGUCCAUCGUUUCUUUCAAAACUAUUGCGAUCAUAAUGUUAUUGUCCCUAUUUUCAGAAUGGUCGUUCUUGAGAUACAUGCAAAUGUAGGACCUGAAGAACUUCAAAAUUGGUUCAGACAAGAUAGAGAGUCAAAAUUUGGUCAAACUCUCGAGGAAUUUGCUGGCAGUGAAGAAAACAAUAUUAAAGCUUUAAAAACUGCUUUGGUCCCCAUCAACAAACUUUUAGCUCAGUUUUCAUAUAUCACCGGAGAGACAGCUGGCUGGGCCGAUGUCGUACUUGCAUCACACUUUCAGUUCUUCAAUGCCAUCAGACCGGAUUUAUUCGAAACUGCUGUUUUGAAUGCGUUUGACGCAGCAGAAAACCAUAUUAAUACAUGGUGGAAUAGGAUGCAACCUAUUGUUACAGGCACGUGCAAUGGAAAAUUAUAAAAAAAAAGCAAUUAUGAAAACCUUUGACUUUUGAAGGAAAUGGAAAAAAUAAAUAAUCAAAGGCCAAUAGGAGCUAUAUAAGUAAUUGGGUGUCAUAAUGCUAGCAGGCCAGAAUAUUGAAAAAAGGAAAUCCCGC